GCGAAGACCUUCACUAAACUACAUUUACCAUCAUGCACCUGUAUAACAACACGGAAGUUCUUGUUUUGAUGACCGCUACAGCUACUGUACUAAUGUUUACGAAAUACAAGACUUUGGGUGUCGAGGAUUUUAUAAAUACAGGUUUGUAGAUGCUGUUUUCAUGGAGAUCCCUGCCUCCUCGUGUGGCAGUGAAAAGAUGUGCCUCUACAAUACAAGCUAGUGUGCAACGAUUCGUUCCUGCAAGUGGCUCAAUUGACUCCAAUGCUGUGGAACAACUCCAGGCCUUUGUGUCGCAGGCUUCUCGUCUGUUUGUGAUAAGCGGUGCCGGACUCUCCACUGAAUCUGGAAUUCCAGACUAUAGAUCAGAAGGUGUGGGACUGUACGCACGGACUGACAGGCGGCCUAUGCAACACUCAGAGUUUGUGCGCAGUGCGAAAUCGAGGCAGCGAUACUGGGCACGGAACUACGUGGGGUGGCCGCAGUUCUCCUCACACCAGCCGAAUCCAGCGCAUUUCGCAUUGCGGGACUGGGAGGAAAAGGGAAAACUGCACUGGCUCGUCACUCAGAAUGUAGAUGCAUUACACUCAAAGGCUGGACAACAGAGACUAACUGAACUUCAUGGAUCUACACAUAGGGUUGUGUGUUUGGACUGCGGGCAGCUGACUCCACGUGCUGAGCUUCAGAAGCGUUUUGCAGCUCUUAACCCUGGCUGGGAAGCAAUUGCAGAUGCUGUGGCCCCAGAUGGAGACGUGUUUCUGGAAGACGAGCAGGUGCUGAACUUCACAGUACCUGCUUGUGAUGCCUGUGGCAGUGUACUCAAACCUGAGGUGACGUUCUUUGGUGACGUAGUGAACCGAACUACAGUUAACUUUGUGCAUAACAAGCUGGCUGAGUCUGAUGCUGUGCUUGUGGCUGGAUCUUCUCUUCAGGUUUUUUCGGGGUACCGCUUUCUCCUUGCUGCUAGUGAAAGAAAGCUUCCAAUAGCCAUCGUGAAUAUAGGACCCACUAGAGCUGAUCAUCUUACUGACAUCAGGGUGAGUGCGCGCUGUGGAGAAGUGCUGCCGGCCAUUCAGCUCUGAGAAAGGAGAAACUCUGAGACCUUUUCCUUGAAGCUAUUCUGAACCUCAGCACUCGACUCAUCACAGGAUUACUGGAACAUAGAUUUGGUUUGGUUGUAGGCUGCUUGCAUAAUACAACUGAUCUCUACCUCAAGUUACCGAAUUACUUUAACAUAUACACACACUCAUUAGCUAGAGUUUGAAGUGCAAUACAGAAUACAGCAUUGGCACUAAACAGUUCAUUUUAAAUACUUUAUCAUUUUAAAGUAGGUUCAUAGGGACAACUGCAUUUCCCAUCAAGAAUUCACUCUCUGAAAAGUAACAGAGCUUCUCAAGUGUCAGUGUGGGAAACAGUCAUGAUAAUGAUGAAAUUCUAAACGAGCUGUAUGGAUUAUGACUUUAUUUACCUACAAACAUUUGGUUAAUGAUGAAUGACUAUUUAAAUAUGUGUUUUUGAAUAUGUGAAUGUACUAGGAUGUUUUUAAAAUGCAUUGGAACACAUUAAAAAUAUUCGUUAAUCAUUUGUUCUGCCUGAAAAUAUGUCAAGUUAAUUGUAUUUGUUUUAGUGCUUUUCACAAUACACAUAGUUUCAAAGCA